AGGGUGUCCGCGGUGUGCCGGGGUGCCCGGCUGCUGAGGGAGGGGGAACGGCAGCUCUAAGCGCUGCAAGGCGGUGGCGUCGUGGGAAGAGUGAACUCUUUUGCUUCUGCUUGUUUUAAAACACAAAAUGUCUGAAGUUAAGCAGAGGAAUAAAAGUAUUUCUUCAUCGAAGAAGAAUGAAGGGUCACAAAAGGUUGAGACGCAAAGUAACUGUGAGAACCUGGUAAGUCCCAGGACCAGCAAUAAUUGGAGUUCCUUUUGGAUGGACUCACGGACAAACUUGAGCAUGAUUUCCCUUGCUGUCUGCCUGGUGCUGACCUGGUUCCUGUUUCAGCAGUCAGGUCAAUUUGCUGGUAUGGAAAAAAAAUAUACUUUCUUACAGCAAGAAGCUGAAAAAUUCCUGGAUGUGGAAAAUAAAGUUAACUUAAUUUCUGAAAAGUGUGAAAAGACUUGGAACCUAAUGGAACACCUGGAAGACCUUCAAGUAAUUUCUCACAUUAAACAUCUGCAGGAAGAUAUUUAUACAAUGAAAGUGUGGUCUAACAGCAUAAUUAAAAACCAAGAAGAACUGCAGACUAAUUUAACAGCCCUUUUUCAUGCCAUUUCAACUGUGGAACAGAAUGCAGCUUCUGUAGCAAAAAACCUAGCUUUGACCAUUGUGGCAGUAAAAACUGACAUAAGGCGCAUUUCAGGCCUAGUUUCAGAUACUACUGCACUGACAGAAACUUUGCAAACACUAGAAGAUAAAGUAGAAAAAGGUGAAAAGAAGACAGUAAAGAACAUAGGGGACCUGCUUAGCAGCAGCAUCGACCGAAGUACAAAACUACAAAGCGUGGCAUCCAGUAACACAAGAAAAAUUGAGCAAAUUCAGACAGCGCUGUCUGAGUUAAGGAGUGAUUUUAACAAGCAUUCAGAUAGACUUCUGAAUCUUGAAGGUGACAGAGCAAAAGUUCUGAAGACAGUUACUUUUGCAAAUGAUUUAAAACCCAAGAUGUACAAACUUAAAAAGGAUUUUCCCAUCUUGGCGCAGUUCAUAAAUGACCUAACACUGAGAAUAGGAAGGUUAGUGGAGGAUGUAUUAAGGCGGGAGAAGGAAAUUGCUUUACUGAAUGAGAAACUGGCCAAUCUAACAAGAGUUCAAACAGAGAUCAAAAUUAUAAAAGAUGAAAUAACCAAGAUUUCAGACAUGAAUCGAUCACUGUGAAAUGCCGCUGCCUAAAGAAUAGCAGUUGGAGGAGUGUUAGCUCCAUCAUGUGUCGUACUCAGAAGGCAGUGUUUAAAGGCUUCUAGAAGUGCACCAAAACUGAACUAGAAAUUUGUCCUCUUCCUCAGAAAAGGACAGUCAUACUGAUUUCAAGGGAUAAAGUAUAAUGUGAGAAAAAAACAAACCAUGUCUCUGUACAUGUAUUUGUCUUUCUGAAGGGUGUCAGGUGCUACAUUUAAUAAAAUGCUUGUUUUGUACAAUAAAAGUGUAAAAGCAUAAAA